GUCGUCGUCACACGACGGGACAGUCGUGGUCGAAUCGUUAAUUUAAUAUUAGGCCUUAUAAUAAUAUUAUUAUCGUCGUCGUUAUUUUCCCACUUCGUAUCGGCGCUGAGCUCACGCAGCAGCAGCAGCUGUAGUAGCCAACAACGCUGUAUUAUUAAUUGAUAGCCGUAGCGCAGUAGUAAAAUAGUUAUUAUAACAGUAUUAUAACUACACGGUAGUCGUAGUACGACGGCGUGCGCUCGAUGGUUAUCACGAAAAGUACGCUGUGAUAAGAGGUUUUUUACGUCGUUCCCUCCAGCUUGUUAUUUUUAUUCCCGAGUCAAAACUUAGGACCGCGACAACGACAACGACGAUCGCAAUAAUUACGUUGUCGUGCCCCCAACGAACGAAUGUCUAUGUGCGUUUCGUUCAUAAAUGUCGGUUUGUUCCGUCGUCGUUUCGGCGUCGAUUGAAUUGAUUGCGAUGUGCAUUUGGCCGUCUACCGCCGUCGACGCCGCCACACGAUCGCCGCCGCCGCCGCUGCCGCUGCUGUCGUCGCUGCUGCCGUUGUCGUCGUCGUCACCGCAAUAAUAACAGUAAUACGCCGCGACUCGUGCCCGUGUCCGUUGUUCGACGUCGCCGGACAUGGACACCUGACGAUCGUCACCGGACGUCCGAUCGACAACGCCGCCGCCGCCGCCGUGGUGUUAGCGCGGUAAUCCGCCCGUCAAUACUCGAAUGGUGGACGCUUAGACAAUCCGACAAACUGGACAAGCUACCCGAGUAUCUCCGCGACACCGUGGACUGGUUUAUGGGGAAAGGUCGAAAGGCCAAAGACAAGGAAUCAUUAUGUAAUGAUGAUAAUAAGUUGUAUUUGGAAGAAGCUGUUUUGGAAAAAAAGUUACCUGACAUUGAUCUUAGGAUAUUAAUUGAAAUGCCUAAUGGAAUAGAUUUUAAUGAGUGGCUCGCGUCUCAUACAAUUUCAAUUUUUGACAACACCAACCUAAUUUAUGGAACUGUGUCAGAAUUUUGUACUAUUUCGGGAUGUCCUGAUAUGGUUGGACCAAAUUAUAGAACUUAUUUGUGGUUUGACGAAAAAGGAAAAAAAUCUCGCGUAGCUGCUCCAUUAUACAUAGACUAUGUUAUGACGUUCGUUCAAAAAACUAUUAAUGAUGAAACAAUCUUUCCAACUAAAUAUGCUAAUGAAUUUCCCGUUGGCUUUGAGAUUGUAGUAAAAAAAAUCUUAAGAUUAUUGUUUCAUGUUAUAGCACAUCUUUAUCAUAGUCACUUUCGUGAAUUAGUACUACUAAAUUUGCAUACACAUUUAAAUUGUGUGUUUGCUCAUCUGUCAGUAUUUAACCACCGUUAUCAACUAAUUGAGCUACGUGAAACUGAAAUCUUACAAGAUCUAGUGGUAGCUUUAAAAAUUUUAGGUGAUGAUGAAGAAAUAACUACAGUAGUCAAUGAAUCUACUGAUGAAUAUAAGGACGUCAUCAACAAAGAACCGACCAUGUCUUUAGCAGAUCAACCUAUUAACAUGUUCCCUAAUCCUUCUCCUAUUAAUACAACACAGACUUUAGCUACUCAAAUUGAUAAUUUCUAGUCUAAAAAAUAAAAUGUUAUAAUGCAUUAAGUAUGUUUGUAAUAUAUAUUACAUAAUAUGUUUAAUUAUUCUGUAUAUAAAAUUUCUUGUUAAAUAAUUUAGAAAAUACUUGUUGGCAGACAAUAAACUAAUAUCAAAGCUUUUAAAUAAACUAUAAUAUACUAAGAUACUGUCUAUUAAAGAAUAUUUAUCUUUGUAAUAUAUAAUACACUUUUAUUCAUUAAAAAUGUUAUUAUAUUAAUUUCUCUCAAUUAUUCAUACAUUUUUUUUUUUUUUUUUUUGUUAGAUUCAAAUAGAUUUAACCAUAUAGUCAUUGGUUAGUAUAUUAAAGUAAUUUAUGAAAAUUUUAUUUUUCGUGUAUUAAAUAUUUCAAGUUAUACUAUCUAUGAAAAGUAUAUUAUUUAUAUUGUUUGCCACUAUUCCUAAAAUUAUUUUAAGUGUUUAGAUAAUAUUUUCCAAUUUAUUAAUUCACAUGUUUACAUUGUUAACUGAUUAAAUUAUUGUUAGAACGUCUAAAUUAAAGUUAUUUGAAGACAUUUCUAUUUUGAAUUGUAUAAAUUAUUAUUCUUGUGCACUGUUGUUUAAAUUUGUAUAAUAACUUUUUAACAACUUGUUUCAGCUCAAAUAUUUAUAUUUUCAGAUCUAUACCAUUGUAAUAUGAUUUUUGAGUAUAUAUUAUAUUAUAAUAUUUUUAAAAAAUGUAUGGGUUCCACUCUGGAUAAUUUGUGAACAUUUGUAAUUUUUAUCUUGUCUAUCUUUCUAUCUUUUGUGAUGUAAUUUAUUUAUAUUGUGAUAGCAAAAAUAUGCCUUUUUAAACAUUAUUCAUUUUUGGAAAUUGUACUUAUCUGUAAUUAUUGUUUAAAUUACUUUUUUCAAGCCAUUAAUUAUAAAAUUGUUAAACCACAUGUGUUUAUUAUUACAAUAACACAUGUGAUGGUAAUUAAAUAUUCAAAUUAGAGAAAUAUUACUUUUUAACAUCAUGUUUUUUGUUGCUUUUAAAAGUAUAAAAAUACUUAAGUAUUAAAUUAUUUAGUAGGCUUGGUCAGAUAGAAAAUUUCCAAAAUGUGUUUUUGAUUUUAUUUAUGAUGGCAAAUUAUACAACCGUCCAAUUUUUUCCUUUUAGAAUGUUUUUUUUUCUUUAGUAAACUUUAUGAGAUUAUGUUAUGUUAUUAAUUUUGUUGUUUUUCUUUCUAUUAUAAAACCAUAAAGUAAACUUUGUUAUUAAUGUUUCUUGUUAAACCUUCAUUUAGUACCUAUUUACUACACUGAAAAACAUAAUAUGUUUUCAGAUUGUUUUAUUGUAUUUUUAACCAAAAACAAAUAGCACUUUUGUUAAUAAAACAUUUGAGUUACCUACCUAAUUUAUUAAAAUGUCAUUAACCUUAUUUCUUAGAAUCCUAAAGAAAAUUGGUAUGUCUAAUGUUAUACUAUGAUAAUAAGACGAUUGUGAGUUUUUUUUUAGAUUACAUUACUAUUUAUAAUUAAUUAUUAUUAUGAUUUAAUUUAGUAAUUUAUUCAAUAUACUAAAAUAAUAUUAUGUGAGUAGUUUAUAUAUGUAUCACUUACUGUUUUGGGUGAAAAGUUUAUGUAUGUGUUAAAAAAAAAUUAUGUAUAUUUUUGUAUGAAAAUAUUAAAAAACAAAAAAAAUAUAUAAUAUACAAAUAGGUAUACAUAAAUAUUCAUAUAAUAUAAUAUUAUUUUAAUUAUUAUAAGGCUGAGUGAAUGAAUUAAGGUAUUUAUGAAAUGUUGGUUUAAUUAAAUUUAUUACGUUUGAGAGCACUGUUAUAUUGUAUGUAAUUUAUGGCUUAAAUGCUUUAUUAGAUUAUCUUAAAAUCUGUAUGUCAAUAUACUAUUGGAUCCUUUUUUUUUGUUUUUGCUUUUUUUUUUAGUAGAAAAAUUCUAAAUAAUAAGUCAUUUGGUAAAUAACUACCCAUUAGUUACUAAUAAUUUGUUUACCUAAUUAGAAUAUAUUUUACUGGAGGUUUCUAAUAGAUAUAUUAAAAACAUAUUUAAGUUGGUGUAACUAGUGAGUUCCUUUAUUAAGUAUCUUAAUAGGUUUUAUAUUAUAUAAAUGUUCAUGGUGGAAAAAAUGAUGUAUUUAUUUUAAAAAUAAGCGAAAUUAAAACAGUGUUGUAAUAUUAAGGAUAGUAAUUUGUUAACUAUGUUAUACUUGUUGUUUAAAUUUAAAAUAUAUAUGUAACAAACAUUUUGA